CCUAACUUCUCAGCGUUGCAGAACGUUGUGUGUUUAUAUUCGUGUUGAAGCAUUUUGUAGAGAUUUCCUAACUGAAGUAACCCAAAUAUUAAACAUCAGCACAAUGGACGCCGAUCUAUACGACGAGUUUGGUAAUUACAUUGGUCCUGAGCUGGACAGCGAUGAAGAUGAUGAUGAGGAACAUGAAACCUUCCAGGACGAAGAAGAACAUCAAGAUUAUGAUGAUGAUCGCAUGGAAGAUGCUGAGCCUCAACCCAUGGCAAUUGUUUUGCACGAGGAUAAAAACUAUUACCCGUCAUCCCUGCAAGUGUAUGGUCCUGACGUGGAAACUAUAGUUCAAGAGGAAGAUGCUCAACCUUUAGACGUUCCUUUGAUUGAACCAGUCAAGAAAAAGAAGUUUCAAUUGAAAGAGCAGGAUUUGCCAGACACCACCUACAGCAUGGAGUUUUUAGCCGAUAUGAUGGAUAACACUUCAUUGAUUCGAAACGUGGCUUUGGUAGGUCAUCUGCAUCACGGAAAAACUACUUUUGUAGAUGGUUUAGUGAGGCAAACUCAUCCGAGUCAUCAAGAUUAUGAAGAGAAGAACUUGAGAUACACAGACACUUUGUUCACUGAACAAGAGCGCGGAUGCUCCAUCAAAUCCAUCCCGGUGACGUUACUUCUACCCGACAUUAAAAACAAGAAUUAUUUAAUGAACGUCUUCGAUACUCCAGGUCAUGUGAACUUUUCUGAUGAAGUAACUGCAGCAAUGCGUCUCUGCGAUGGAGUUGUGCUGUUUGUUGAUGCAGCUGAAGGAGUCAUGUUGAACACUGAGAGACUCUUGAAACACGCGGUGCAAGAGCGCAUGCAGAUUACCAUUUGCAUCAACAAAAUUGAUAGACUCAUACUCGAAUUGAAGCUUCCACCGCAAGACGCUUAUUACAAAUUGAGGCACAUCGUCGAAGAAAUCAACGGAUUGUUAACUUUAUACUCGGACGAUGUAAAUCCGCACAUCGUGUCUCCGGUUUUGGGUAACGUGUGCUUCGCCAGUUCUCAAUACGGAGUUUGCUUCACUUUGAAAUCGUUUGCUAGCAUUUACUACCAAUAUUACGGUGAUGUCAACGUCGAGGAGUUUUCCAAGCGGCUUUGGGGUGAUAUUUAUUUCAACUCGAAAAAUCGUAAAUUUACAAAGAAGGCUCCUCAUAAUUCGGCGCAAAGAAGCUUCGUCGAAUUCAUAUUGGAACCUCUUUACAAAAUCUUCGCUCAAGUUGUCGGCGAUGUUGAUACGACUUUACCAGCGGUAUUGGAUGAGUUAGGCAUUAAACUGAAUAAGCAAGAGUUGAAAUUGAAUAUUAGACCGUUGCUGAGAUUGGUUUGCAACCGGUUUUUGGGCGAUUUCAGCGGUUUUGUGAACAUGUGCGUGGAACACAUCAAUUCGCCUUUGGAUAACGCGAAAACCAAAAUCGAUCACAUCUACACAGGUCCAAAUACGAGUAAACUGUACGACGAUAUGUCCAAUUGCAAUCAAGACGGUUUGCUAAUGGUGCACAGCUCGAAAAUGUACCCUACCGAAGAUUGCACCUUCUUCCAGGUUCUAGGUAGAGUGAUGAGCGGAACUCUGCACGCUGGAACAGAUGUUAGGGUUUUGGGAGAGAAUUACACCUUGCAGGACGAGGAGGAUUCCAGGGUUUUAACUGUAGGUCGACUGUGGAUUUACGAGGCGCGCUACAAAGUUGAACUGAACAGAGUUCCGGCUGGUAACUGGGUUCUCAUAGAAGGCAUCGAUCAAUCGAUAGUGAAAACAGCGACGAUCACUGAUUUAGUUAUACACGACGAUUUGUACAUUUUCAGACCGCUGAAAUUCAACACGCAAAGCAUCAUUAAGAUAGCCGUAGAACCCGUCAAUCCUUCAGAACUUCCGAAGAUGUUGGACGGGUUAAGAAAAGUGAACAAAUCUUAUCCACUAUUAACAACGAGAGUUGAAGAAUCUGGAGAGCACGUGGUUUUGGGAACUGGGGAAUUGUACUUGGAUUGCGUCAUGCACGAUCUUAGGAAGAUGUAUUCGGAGAUCGAUAUCAAAGUUGCGGAUCCGGUCGUCGCCUUCUGCGAAACCGUCGUGGAAACUUCGAGUUUAAAAUGUUUCGCCGAGACUCCGAAUAAAAAGAACAAAAUCACGAUGAUUGCCGAGCCUUUGGAGAAGGGUUUGGCUGAAGAUAUAGAGAACGAGAACGUGCAGAUCAAUUGGAAUAAAAAGAAGUUGGGUGAGUUCUUCCAAUCGAAAUAUGAUUGGGAUUUGCUUGCGGCGCGUAGCAUUUGGACCUUCGGCCCUGACACCACGGGUCCUAACAUUUUGGUCGACGAUACUCUACCGUCGGAGGUGGACAAAGGUUUGCUGAACAGCGUCAAAGAUUCGAUAGUGCAAGGUUUCCAAUGGGGAACGAGGGAAGGACCGCUGUGCGAGGAGCCGAUUAGGAAUACGAAAUUUAAAAUUUUGGAUGCUGUGAUUGCUAACGAACCUCUGCACAGAGGCGGAGGACAGAUUAUACCGACGGCUAGAAGGGUUGUCUACUCUGCAUUCUUGAUGGCAACGCCGAGGCUUAUGGAACCGUACCUCUUCGUCGAGGUUCAAGCACCUGCAGAUUGCGUGUCCUCGGUUUACACGGUUUUGGCUAAACGGAGAGGACACGUCACUCAGGACGCUCCAGUUCCCGGUUCACCCCUGUACACGAUCAAAGCGUUCAUUCCAGCUAUAGACAGCUUCGGUUUCGAGACCGAUUUGAGGACGCACACGCAAGGACAAGCCUUCUGCCUUUCAGUUUUCCACCAUUGGCAGAUUGUUCCCGGAGAUCCGCUCGAUAAGAGCAUAGUUAUCAGACCGCUGGAACCACAACCUGCCACACAUUUAGCGAGGGAAUUCAUGAUAAAAACGCGCAGAAGGAAAGGCCUGAGUCAGGACGUUUCCAUUAACAAGUUCUUCGACGAUCCUAUGUUGUUAGAAUUGGCCAGGCAGGAUGUUGUGUUGAACUAUCCUCUACUUUAAUUACAUAAUUAUAUUUUAAUAUACGCUUCAUUCAUAAAUUUAUUGUUCACGUAUUUUGAUAGUUUCAUAAUCUCUGUACGGUUGCAAAUAUGUUAUUAAUGAGGCUGCGUUAAAGC